AUGACAUCCACCCAUCAUCCCCACUACCACCACCACGACACCGAAAGCCUCGACUACUCCUCCGACGGCUCCGAUGAUGUCCCCUUCCUCCAGAACGCGCUGAAUCCCACCCGCCGGGUCAAACGAUAUACGCGCCCAUUGAUCGACUACGUGCGCAAUGAAUGGCAAUCCAACACCAAGUACUCGUCCGGGUCGUCGCCCGAUCGCUCCGACACGCCCCGAUGGGUGCAGAUGGUCCUGUCCAUCGUCACGGCCCCGCGCUUCCGUCGCUAUGCGAUCAUCUACACCACACUGUUUCUGUCCUGUCUGCUGGGCUGGGAGUUCGUGCUGUCGCCGCGGUUGCAGGAGCACUCGGAGUUGACCAAGUCGCUGGACCCGAACUCGAAAGAGACAGUGGGCGGGUGGUACGGGACCAAUGCGCUCCCGAGCUUCGAGGGCGUCCUGCAGCUGAAGACGUUGGAUUCGUCGCUGCUGCCGGCGAAGGAGGCGCCGAAGGCGGGCGCGGAGAGCACGAGACGGUUGAUUGUGGUGGGGGACGUGCAUGGGUGCCGGAUGGAGUUGGAACGCCUCCUCGACGAAGUCACCUUCAAUGACAAGACCGACCACCUCAUCUUCACCGGCGACCUGAUCAGCAAAGGCCCCGACAGUCCCGGCGUGGUCGAUCUCGCCCGGAAACACGCCGCCUCCUGCGUGCGCGGCAACCACGAAGAUCGCGUGCUGCUGGUGCGCCAAGAACUCGCGGAGAUGGACGCCAUGACGGACACGUCGGGCGACGAGUACAUGGACGGGCUGUCGACGUCCGGAGCCCAAAAAGAUCUCCAAUUGGCCCGCAACCUCACCGACGAGCAGGCGGAGUGGCUCGACGCCUGUCCCGUGAUCCUGAACGUCGGCCACAUCCCCACGAUGGGCCAGGUCGCCGUGGUGCAUGGCGGGUUGGUCCCCGGGGUGGAUUACGACAAGCAAGAUCCGUUCAGCGUGAUGAACAUGCUGACGAUCGAUCUGGACACCCAUCUCCCGAGUUCCAGUCGCGACGGGAAGAAGUGGACCAAGUUCUUCAACAAACACCAAUCCCUCACCUACAAAUCCAGCAAGCACGCCGACGCCCAGGCCACCGACUCCCAGGCCACGACCGUCAUCUACGGCCACGACUCCAAGUCCUCCCUCAGCAUCAGCACCUACACCAAGGGUCUGGACUCGGGCUGCGUCAAGGGCGGGAAGCUGACCGCCUUGGUCAUCGCCGACGGCGGCGACCAGAAGGUCAUCCAGGUCCGGUGUAACAACUAUCUGGAGAAGUAG